UUUGCCAGACGUGAACCGACUGCUGCUACGCGUGGAAGUGGGUUUCGUUCAGUCUGUUUUCCAAAAAGUUAAUUUCUUAAAUCCAAUCACUCCGGUGAAAGUUUUUGCAAAAGCAAUUAUUUGUGUCUUGAGCGAGAACUACAGAGCAGCUCCAUCAGGAUGAGUUACGGACGGGCUCCGCCGAAAAUCGAAGGAAUGGUUUCCUUGAAGGUCGAUAAUUUGACCUAUCGUACGACCCCGGACGAUCUGCGACGUGUUUUCGAGCGUUGUGGCGAAGUGGGCGACAUUUAUAUUCCACGCGAUCGGAACACCCGGGAGAGUCGUGGUUUUGCUUUCGUCAGAUUCUAUGACAAGCGUGACGCCCAGGAGGCUCUCGAUGCCAUGGAUGGGCGCAUGUUAGAUGGUAGGGAGUUGCGGGUACAGAUGGCCCGUUAUGGACGUCCAACUUCCCCACAGCGUAAUGGAGGUGGUGGCGGAGGCCGUCGUUUCAAUGGUCGGGAAAGAGGCCGUUCCCGGGACCGAUACCGACGUCGUUCCCGUUCUGCGGAGAGACCUCGUGGAGGUCGUCGUUCUCGAUCGCGGUCCCGUUCACGUUCUCGAACAGGAAGUAAAUCAUCCCGAGGACGCGACUCCAGAUCCCGCAGCCCCGUGGAACGGGGAUCGCAUUAUUAGGAACAAGGGCGAAUUGUACUCUUGUAAGACGUUAACGAUCCAGCCAAAUUUCACAGCAACAUAAAUAUUUUUCAACAAGAAAGAAUGACACACACGUUUGCGUUUGCAUUAAAAGUAUAAACAUUCAACAACGGGAAACCAGCGCAGCACCCGAGCGAGCCUCUCGAUUAACAGUAGCGCUGGCUAGAAGGCCGUCGAUGAAGGGCAAAUUUGCGGUCGCGUGCUGCUGCUGCUGUUGCCUGUUUGUCAGAGUGUAUCCAGUUAAGCUGUGAAAGCGGGCGGAGAGAAACAGAAACUGAUUCAUCUGAGCCUCGGCGCGAACGGCGAGAGCGCGUGCAAGAUUAGCCCAAAACUUACUAAGCGCGGAGAAGUUGCUAGGAAGUUUUUGGUCGAACGGCCACAAAAUUUCUGUGUCAGCGGUAGUCGGGGUUUCUUUGAGGAGGGACUGAUUUCCUGUAACGUGUCAGCUGUCCGAUCCGUUCAGAGAGAAAGCAAAGUGUGCACCCGGUUUGGGGGUGCGAUUAAGCAGAUUAACAGACUGCGCAUCGAGUUUCGGCUGUUAAAAGCUGCCUCCCGGGGGACACAAGUUGCCGAUUGUUCCUGGAACAUCGACUUGCUGUUUUCCGCUAUGCUGAGUACCAGUGUGUGUAGCUGUUUGAUUUUCUAUCCGGGACACGACUAGCUUGUGCGGACGAUUUCCGGAAUAACGGCUGGCUAUUCUCUUUUUCUUUCUCUUUCUGUUUUUGUUUCAGUAGUGCUCAUGUUUUUUUUGGUUUUUAUGUUUUUUGAUAACAUAUUACCAAGCUUUUUUGCAUGUCUGUUCCGAUGGGAAAGGAUGCUGCACAACCUAUAGAAAGUGUACGAGAACAACCCGUGAGCACCUUAGAGAUUUUUGAACCUGAGAACGUGGUACAGUUCAAUUUGGCACAGCGCAGUGGAAAUCCAGAAAAGGAGAAUUAUUUGAGAAGGCCGGAGCAAAUUAGACUGUUGCCGAAAGUUGGGGAGUCUGCGGGUGGCUGUUUGCAGCUUUCUUUUCGAGAGCAUUAUUCUAAGAACGGUGUGUGGUGCGCAGAGAUAGCUGAAUUACGAAUCGAUCCAGAACCGUAACCUAUCCGGUUCCGAUUAUGAACAUCUAAAGCUGAUUUAUUUUCCUCUAGGUUACCUAUAGCAUACUGUUAAGGAUUCUUCUGUCUCCGAACAUAUUCCAACAUUGGUUAGUUUUUUAUUUUCAGAUAAGCCAAAUUUACCACGACUCUCGACGAUACUUUCCAAACAAAUCUAACACGAUAACCCUGGCGCAAGUUCCCGGAUAAUACACACAACUCAUCACCAUAAUCGAAGAAAGGGUAAGUUGAUGUUUUAAAAUUAUUUUUUCUUACAUUUAAUUAAUGAAUAUUAUAAACAUACCUUUAAGAAUCAUUGACCACUAAAUACUGAUUGUAUUGAGCAAUGACAAAGAACCAGAAAAAAUAAAACGUACAAUUAGGCUGAAAAGCUUUUCCACUCUA